AUGGGGCCGUCAUCGACACCAUCGCCGAGAGUGGUCACCGCUGCUUUGCGUGCGGUGGGCGGCUGGUGGCGCAGGGCCUCGCAAUGCAUGGUGGCGGGGCCCGGAUGUAACACCUUGCGGUCACGUUCUUGUUUUGUUACCUGGGGCCCGGCGCGCGUCGAUAAUGAUGCUUUGUGCUUUGGGAGUUCACUGAGCCGGAAUACAGUGAUGGUUUGUUUUAGGAGGCGCGCCCGUGGGGUGGGGUCGAUCUCGCGCGGAGGUGGGGAUCUUCAUCGUUGGGUGUGGUUGGAGGUUGGUUUAGCGUUUUUUUUUUGGGUAUGUGUGGGUGAUUCUGGGUAUGUUUAG